AAACUAAAUCUUAUCAGAGCAUUCUGAUUGGUUGGUUUGAAUUUCGCGGUAUUGUGAUGCAUCUUAUCAUUUUUUUGCUGUUAUCAUUUAUUCCUGAACCUUGUUCAUGAUUAUAAAUUUUUACAGAUUUUGAUUUCACUUAAAUUUCAGUUUUACACCGAAUUGGGGUUAUUUUUAUUUAUCUAUUUAAUGACGUACUCGUGAAGUUUUUUUUUAACAAUGUAUACGAUGGAUUACUUAAAAUAUGGUCGUUCAGGAUCGAAAUGUAUCAUCAGUUCAUGUAUGAAUUAUAAAAACCAAAAAGAUAAAAAAGUGUUCCAUCGCUUUCCAUCAAAUAAAAUCCAAUGUCAGAAAUGGCUGGAUUACUUGAAUAACGAACAUCUCCGGUCCACAUUUACAGAUGACAAAGGAAUAAAAACAAAAAUACCUUGUGUGAGAAUAUGCGAAGAUCAUUUUGAAAGAAAUGAUUACAUUAAUCCAGAACUGAAAUCAAAAGGAUUACGUAAAAAUGCGGUUCCAUCAAAGAAUUUGACUUGUUUACUAAUAAAUGUAAACGCAAACGCUACUUGCACAGCUGAAGAUGUUGUCAGGAAUAAACAUUUUGAGCCAGAAUGUGUGAUGAUUACUAAUGAGUUAGAAUCUGAAGUCCAAUUCGAACCAGAAAGUCAUUCGUUGUCAGAUAUCACGGAUCCUCUCAGCGAUAGUGUUACCGAAGUCCUAUUCGAACAAGGAAUUCAUUCCUUGUCAGAUGUCACUGUCAGGGACCCUCUUACCAAUACUGUUACCAAAGUCCAAUUCGAACCAGAAAUCCAUUCAUUAUCAGAUAUCACCGACCCUCUUACUGAUACUGUAACCGAUCCAUUAGUUUAAAUUUCAUCCCAUAAAGGCGCAUUUCUUUCACAGAGCAAACUACAUAGCAUCGUUGAAACGUAUUAGUGCAAUUUGCACAAUUAUAUACAUACCUACCUUUGUGUUCAUAAUGAUAAUGAGAAUUUGUCAAUUUUUACAAAAAUAAAUGAAGUUUGUUACACUUUAAAA